AUGUCGUUUAUCUGUCAGUUCGCCACGGCAAUUCCAUGCAGCGAACAGUGCGAUUCUUUUGAACCUGUUGAUAUUAACAUUUUGGUCGACAGUAACGAGAUCUGCGUGAUCUUGAACUCGGGACAGGUUCUUACCAUUGAUGCUGAAUCCCAUACGUCAGCAGGGAGUAAUCUGUUCGUGGAAGACAAUGUUAGCCGCUCUGUAUACCUUGUGAAUAGGGAAGGAAUAAUUGUUUUAGAUGCUGAACUGCAGUUCGUCACGGCAAUUCCAUGCAGCGAAGAAUGCGAUUCUUUCGAACCUGUUGAUAUUAACGUUUUAGUCGACAGUAAUGAGGUCUGUGUGAUCUUGAACUCGGGACAAGUCCUCACUGUUGAUGCUGAAUCCCAUACGACUUCUUUGGUGACAGUGGAAGGUGAUUACGUGGCGUUCUACGAUCGUAGCUUCGAACGUUUUGCGCAAUGGGAACUUUCAAGUAACGAGGAAGGGAAGGAUGCGCUUGUUACGGUUGGAUGGGGAGCAGCGGAAACACAGUUCCAGGGUAGCGCAGGGAAGGUAAGGUGCAUGUGA